AUAAUUGCGACUUAAAGCAUAUCGAUAUAUCUGUGUGUUAAGAGAGAGGGGGGAUCCAGAGCUUGGUGAUAUUUGGGGGAAGGGGGUAAAUAGCAACGCCUGUUGUGGCUUUUGUUGUGCAAUCCCAUUCAACUGGUUGUUGCUUGGACUUAUUUUCUCUUUUUUUGGGGGGGGAGAGAAAACACAACCCACAUGCAAUUUAGUGACACAACCACAUUCCACGAGUUGCAGCUAAGAUUCCUUUCUCCUCCACUGGGGAAGCUGGAGAUUUGUUGUCGGGAGCUGUUCUGGGUCUUCUGUCAAAACAUCUGGAUUUCCAGCCUCUCCCUUUAUUGCAGUGGGGGUGGGGGAAAAGAAAAGUUUCCCUCCCUCUUCCUUCUCUGAUUUUUCUUUUCCAAACAUUUUAAACAGCAGGCACACUGAGGAUGCAACAACAACUCCCCUUUUUUCUUCCAGCACCUCAUUCAAAGAUUCCUAGCAUUCUCUAAAAGUAAAAAAAAACAACAGUCACCCACAGAAACAAAGGGCGUUUGUUUAUCCUAUUGUUUAAAAGUCAGAUAUUGUAUCUGGAGAUGAAGAGAGCAGAAAGGAGGACCCUUUUUGGAAGCAACCACUUAAAAAAAAAACACCCUGAGGAUGUUUAGUUUCAAAAAGCUAGAGUAUGCAUUGAAACACAUUUGGUAAGGAAGGGGAAGAAAGUAUACAUAUGGAUUUGUGCGGAGGCGAAAUCCCAAGUGGCCAAGAGGUUUUUCUGUGCUGUCUGUUUAUUCCCUGCUUAAAGGAUUUGCUUGCUGCUUUUAACUCUGAUUUUGCUGCCUCCAGGGGGACUGGUUAUUCCGCGUCUGCUGCUUCAAUAGGCUGGAUUUGUAUUUAUGGAGGGAGGCAAAAGCUGGAGAGGAUACAGUACGUGAGUGUCCCGCAAGGGUGUCUCUGUUAUCCGGCAAAAGGGCUGGGGAAGAAGGCCUUUUCGCAACAGCUCUCUUAGCCCAUCGCCUCUGUGCAGCCACAAGGCGGGAAUCUCAAAAUGGAAGCCCCCUCCCUUCGUUUCCUCUGACCGGGUGUGAGAGAGGGAGGAAAGGCCCAGAGCCGAAGCCCGGGGAUUGGUGACCUGUUUGUCACCUCUCGGGCAAAGCUCAUUACAAAUGGAAGUGACACACGGUUAUUAUGCAAACUGGAGGCUGCAAGCGCACGGCUGAGCCGAUUCCAGGCGCCCAGUUUGCAGCCCAAGGAGGCCGGUUCAGCUCGACGGGUUUCCGACUAAAGCCUGGGAAAAGUGGAAGGACCAUGAAGUCUCCUGGGAGAACUUUCAACAGGAAGAGCUAGUGGACCAAAGGACCUCCUGCCGCUGUUGAAACCCACUUUUACCUUGGAUAUACCAGGGUAUUCUAUUGCCUGAUUGUUUGCUAUAAGGAAACUUGAAGACUGUAAGACAUGUCCAUUGCUCUCAAACAAGUUUUUAACAAGGACAAGACGUUCCGCCCCAAACGGAAAUUUGAACCCGGGACCCAGAGAUUUGAGCUCCACAAACGAGCGCAGGCCUCGCUGAACUCUGGGGUGGACCUGAAAGCAGCCGUGCAGCUGCCUGGUGGAGAAGAUCUAAAUGACUGGGUAGCAGUUCACGUGGUGGACUUUUUCAACAGGAUCAACUUGAUCUAUGGAACUAUCUGUGAGUUCUGCACCGAGAGGACCUGCCCUGUGAUGUCGGGGGGUCCAAAAUACGAAUAUCGGUGGCAGGAUGAUCUGAAGUACAAGAAACCCACGGCAUUGCCGGCGCCCCAGUAUAUGAAUCUUUUGAUGGACUGGAUUGAGGUGCAAAUCAACAACGAGGAUAUAUUCCCUACUAGUGUAGGCGUGCCGUUCCCAAAGAACUUCCUUCAGAUCUGCAAGAAGAUCUUGUGCCGGCUCUUCCGGGUCUUUGUCCACGUCUACAUCCACCACUUUGACCGCAUUAUCAUCAUGGGGGCUGAGGCCCACGUCAACACCUGUUACAAGCACUUUUAUUAUUUCGUGACGGAGCUAGCCCUCAUAGACCGCAAGGAACUGGAGCCUUUGAAAGAGAUGACAGCCAGGAUGUGUCACUGAAGAACCACUGCUGCGUGAAAGAAAAACGCAAUUUCCUGCUAACUAAAGAAGACCUAGAGGACCCACCAGCCCUUAGAGGGAAAACAUGCCUCCUUUAAUCCUUAAAAAGCAGGAACAGUACAGGGACAGGUUAUUGUUUUCACAGACACCUUCCCACAGUUGUGUAUGCUCUUAACCCUAAAAAUGCUGCUCGGUACCUCCUUCGAAUGAUGUGGAUGACUUGGAAAGAAAGGACAAAAUUAUUCUUUUUUCCAUAUUCCCUGAAUGAGUGAGGAGGAACUCAUCAGACUACAAUUCGAUUCCGUCCACCUUCCUGCUCUUAAAGCUUUACUGCAAGUUUGGUCUCUCAGUGUACUUUCAAAACCGACUAUUGUUAAACUGUGGUUAUAAGUACGUUGUUGUCAGGUACAGUACAUGUUAAAGACCUCAGCAGAGUAUCUGGCUGCCUUUUCCAGAUCAGCUUAGAAAAUAACUCUCAGCCUGUUUUUUGCCUAAAGGGGGG